AUGAAACAGUUACUUAAAACCGUCAAAAUUAGUAAGAAAAUGGUUGGAUCCCGGGUGUACGUGGGCGGACUGCCAUUUGGCGUCCGCGAAAGGGAUUUAGAAAAGUUUUUUAAAGGCUUCGGCAGAAUAAGAGACAUCCUUAUCAAGAAUGGCUACGGAUUUGUCGAAUUUGAAGAUUAUCGAGACGCAGAUGAUGCUGUUUAUGAAUUAAAUGGAAAAGAAUUACUUGGAGAGAGGGUGGUGGUGGAGCCGGCCAGGGGCAUCGACCGCAGCGCCGACCGUUACCGCCGCGACCGCUACUACGAGCGCGACCGCGCCCGGUCGCGAUACGAUGACUACAACAAUUAUAGAUACGGACCGCCGACGCGCACCGAGUAUCGACUAAUCGUCGAAAAUCUGUCUAGCCGCAUUAGCUGGCAGGACUUGAAGGAUUAUAUGCGUCAAGCUGGUGAAGUUACUUAUGCUGAUGCACAUAAACAACACCGGAAUGAAGGUGUGGUAGAAUUCGCUACACAUUCUGAUAUGCGUGCGGCUAUCGAGAAGUUAGAUGGAACUGAGCUCAACGGGCGCCGGAUCCGUCUGGUUGAGGCAGGCCGCUCGUCGCGUCGUAGGACACGCUCGUCUUCGAGCCGCAGCCGCAGCCGCUCUCGCACACGUCGCAGCCGAUCCAGAUCUCGUUCCCGUCGCUCGUCUCGCAGUCGCUCCCGCUCCAAAUCCCGUCCGAAGAGCAAGAGCCCCGUGGCCAAGUCACGUUCAAGAUCGCCUUCUAAGGAUCGCAGUCGUUCGAAGUCGCGGUCUCGGUCGGCGACACGCAGGUCUGACCGUCGCUCGGCGUCCCGUAGAUCCGAACGUCGCUCCGGCUCGCCGCGCGGCUCGGCCGACAGGAACGGCGACAAAUCCCCCUCCCGGUCUAAAUCCCGAUCGCCGAAAGCUGCAUCCAAGGAAAGGUCUCGAUCUCGCAGCAAGGAAGCGACUUCUCCGAAACGUGAGGAAGAACGUCGCGCCACCAAAUCCAGGUCCCGCUCUCGCUCCCGGUCGCGCUCUGGGUCUCGCGACCGCUCGGCGUCCCGGGACCGCUCCCGGUCGCGUUCGCGCUCCGCCUCCCCGCGACAGAACGGCGACGCGCCCGACCGCGCGAGUACGGACCGCUCCCCGCGCAGUGGCGAAUAG